UUCUCUAGCUUUCGGUGUAACUUUCAAAAUAGUUUAUUGUUUUAUCUUAGUUUUAAUAAUAUUCAAAAGAUGGCGCUUGACAAAUAGUCACGUGGCACGUAGCUAUCUGCUUUGGUAUAUAUAAUGGCUAUUAGAGAGUCGAAGUUCCACAUUGUAAAGUACGAAGGGAGAGCAAGAGCAUACGUUACUGGGUAACGUGUGCGAUGUUUUAUAAAACUAGCAUGAUGAUUACGAGUUUGAAUUAUAGACUGGUUAUUCCUCUGAUACUAAGAUCUUGUUGAAGGGUGAAUUUGCUAAGCCUAUAAUUUUGAGCGCUAGAUUGAAUGCGUUGGAAUUUUAUCGAUACGUUUCGCGGUAUAAUCGAUCGUUCUGAAUGCAGCAAGGCCUGAGAAGUUAGAUAUAAGAAGACUAUGGCAAAUGAAGGGACGAUAGACGUAAAUGGACGUGUUGAGGGUCGAGAAGUAGAAUUUCACGCGAUGCAUUUGGAACCACGAUCUUUUCGACCUUUCAAGUCCAGUGAAGAGUACUUAUAUGCCAUGAAGGAGGAUCUUGCUGACUGGUUAAACACCCUGUAUGAUUUGUCCAUCACUGCCGAAACUUUCCUGGAAAGUCUAGAAACUGGAGUUAUCCUUUGUCGGCAUGCAAACCAUGUCGUCAGGGUAGCCAGAGAGUGGCGGCACUCUUGCCAGGAUAACCUUAAUAUUAUAAUCCCGGAGCGCAACGUAGUGUACCGUAAUGAUGUCCAACCCGGCACGUUUCAUGCUCGAGACAAUGUCUCCAACUUUAUCACGUGGUGUAGGAGUCUGUCGAUCAUGGAGUGCUUGCUCUUCGAGACAGAAGACUUGGUAAUGAGGAAGAACGAGAAAAGCUUCGUCUUGUGUCUGUUAGAGGUGGCACGACGUUGUUCAAAAUUCGGAAUGCCCGCGCCACUGUUGGUGCAGAUGGAAGAUGAAAUUGAUGCCGAAUUAGCCAAAGAUGGGUUCGAGUCUGAUGGGCACGAAGCCGACGACGACUCUGAUACGUCGGGCGUUGGAGAACCACCACCUCAAAUUAUCACCAACGAUCUCCGAAGUCUUCACGAAAGGGUUGUGGAACUCCUGAACCGAUGUACCUGCCCUUUCCAGUUCCCAAUGAUUAGAGUAUCAGAAGGAAAGUAUCGCAUUGGAGACACAAAAACUCUCAUUUUUGUUAGGAUUCUACGUAACCACGUAAUGGUACGAGUGGGAGGAGGCUGGGACACCUUGGAGCAUUAUUUAGACAAGCACGACCCCUGUCAGUGUCGAAUUGGCCAUAGAUCAUCGUCAUCAGCUAAAGUGACCAUGACUCCAGGAAAAGGCGGGUCAACUAAUAUGAAGGUUACGUACAACAGGUCUUCAACUUCCACUCCUCCAACAUACAACCUUAGUCUCCCCACUUCACCACAAACACGCCGACGUAUGUUGACCAGUUCUUCGGGUCAGCAGGACAUUGGUCCAUCUACUGACACAAAUGACAUUCCACCGCGUGAACCGUCAAGAAGUUCUCACUACAGUGACGACUCGUCUACGUCUAGUGCCAGCCUCUAUUACUGCAGUGAAAGUUCAUCUCAAGAGGAGGGCAGAUUAGCAAGGUCAUCCACACCACAGUUUCAGAUGUCUCGCAAGCCACUGUCCUUCACUGCAGACAGCUCUUCCGAAUUCUCUGAAGGAGAAAGUCGAGCAGGUUCUCGAAUCUCUAGUCAACCCCGAAAAUCCAGUCUUCGGAAGUUGUACUGCAUGUCAGAAAAUGGGGACGAGGUCGGUAACUGUUCCCGUGUAUAUUUGUCAGAUGGUUGUGACUCUGGCUUUGGCCCCGAAUCAUCAGAAACAAGUUCAGUUCUUUCAGGGGAUGACCAGGGGAAAGUUAAGGAUUCUGGAAAAACUAGGUUAAAGGAAACAAAGCAAACCCCUGGACAAGUCCCUAGAGAUGCCCCCGUGGAUUCGAUUUUUUCUGACGUUAAUACACCAACUUUAAAGUCUGUAAAGAAAGUCAAACAAGUUUCAGUAAGUCCACCUGGAAGGAAAACGACACCAGGCAUUAGUCAUAAAUCUCAAAGUACGGAAAAUUUAUAUUGGGGAAAAUAUAGCGAAAGAGUACAGAUGAGCCGCCAUAACAGCUCCAAUUCUUCAGCUUAUGGUCGUAAAGACCGACGAUCUUCAACAGACUCUUCAAGUUAUACCUCUAGUAUUUCUAGAUGUCAUUCUCAGACUAGUGAUAUUGGUGGGCUUGGAUCAUCUCUGACCAGAAACACUCCAGGACGGUUUUCAUAUAAACCCCCCACAGACGUUCGGCCAAAAGUGGACACAGGAAAUAAAACUUGGGCUUUCAGACAACGUGCCACUAGAUCUUCCAUCAGUCCUGAUUUCUGCCGUUACCCUUCUAGAGGAAACAACCUUUCUCCUAGUAAGACCAAAACAAACCUCAAGUCUCGGAGUGCCGAAUCGAGUCCUGCCAAAUCGAUUGUAACAGCUACUAAAGUGCAAAAACUCUUAGAAGAUAUUGAUUUAGCCACAGAUGAUACAUUUUUCAAUGAAAUGCAGAGAUUUAUAAGUAGCUAUCGAGAAAAAAUAGAGAAAAAAUUAAAAAACGAACAAGAAGAAAAUGCAUAUUUGAACGAUGAUGACAGUACCUCUUCAACACCAACUAUGUUAUGUUCUCCGGAUUCGGAUCGCCCACCAAGUCGGGGUCUCGGUUACAGCCAACAGUCUCCCAAGUUUCGACCCAGAAGAGAGAGUCAGGGAGGGUCCACAAAAAUUCCACUCCCAGUUUGGUAUAACAAAUAACACCUACGAGUUUUUGUAUCAGUAACCGUGUCUUCUUUCACUCGGCACUCAGGUGUUACACUUCAUAUUUUGGGAUCUCAAGCAAAAAGAAAAAUUUUUUGUAGUAGUAGGAUAGAAAUGAGUCGCAUUCUUGGAGUUCGUCCAUUAACUGAACAAUCACCUUUAUAUCAGCGGUAAUGUUUGUGAAGAGUAGUUUGGUAAGAGCUCGUGCAAUACAAUUACAACAUGCUAGUUUUCCUUCUUUUUCUUUUUUCCUGCGGGUUGGUAAUAAAUAAUAAACAAAAAAUUAAUUGAUUUCUACGAAGGCAGAAUAAUUUUAGUUAUUGUACUACUACUACCACUACAACGAUGACCGUGAUUCAUCCAGUUCGGAUACUGUUUUAAAGCCUAUAAAGAUAAUUCAGGGAACACAGAGGGAACUAGAGUUCAGUUUCCUAUAAACUUCAGACAGAUGCAAUACAUAAAUGAUUCAACGUCAGUGUUUGUUAACUCGUGAUACUUUAGGGUAAUCUGGAGCAAUAACAUGUUUUUUCUCAUGUUAUUUGUCAGUAAAAUUGAGUCCGAUAUUCCCAGAAAAACAAACAAACUUGAAGUGAGGGUGUACUUUUGAGUGUAGUUAGGUAACAGAGCAGGUCAAUUAUUGCAUAAAGGGUAUACCUAUAGGUAUUCCUGAUUGUAGUUAUAUAGCAGAACGGGCCAAUUAGUGCAGAAAGUGUGUAUCCCAAGAUACUCUUGGCUAUAAUUAUAUAACACGGAUGACUAAUUACUGUAGAAAUGGGGCACCUAUAGACGCUCUUUGUUGUUGUUAUUGUAAAAACAGACCGAUUAAUACUAAAAGGGUAUGCCCAUAUACACUGUUGACUGUAGUUAGAACAGACCAGUUAGUACAUAAAGGGUAUACCCAUAUACACUGUUGACUGUAGUUAGAACAGACCAGUUAGUACAUAAAGGGUAUGCCCAUAUACACUGUUGACUGUAGUUAGAACAGACCAGUUAGUACAUAAAGGGGUAUACCCAUAUACACUCUUGACUGUAGUUAGAACAGACUAAUUAGGACAUAAAGGGUAUACCCAUAUACACUCUUGACUGUAGUUAGAACAGACUAAUUAAUACAUAAAGGGUAUACCAUGUACACUCUUGACUGUAGUUAGAACAGUCCAAUUAGGACAUAAACAGGCCAAUUAAUACGUAAAGGGUAUACCUUAAACACAGGCCAAUUAGUACAUAAACAGUCUAGUGUCCAUAGUCACCUUUUGCUGUCGUUAUAUAACAGAGCAGAUAUAGCUGACAAUUCCUGGUUUUAGUAAAUGUAUUUUUUCACCUUUUGAGCAAAAGAGAGGAAUGUGCUGUUAACUGAAACUUUGAAUCUUACUUACUGUCGUUUAAUGAGUGUUUUUCUCUUGAUAAACAAUCAAGAAUUUCCAGCGUUCUUCGUCUUAAAGGUUAAACUUUUUAGAAUUCAUAUAGUUUUGGAAGCUGGAUUUGCUAGUGCCUCGUGUAAUUUGGAUAUUUUUAGUUGGUGAUACUAGAUGAUCGAAGUUUUAAAUGAAGAAGGUAGAGGAAUGAACGAGCGUGUGUAGAAUGUUUAAGCAAUUUACAUAUUUAUUUAGUGGCAUAUUAGAGUUAAAGAACCGCGAAUUUUUACUUGUAUGUCCUUAAAAACAAAUAGUUUUACCUAAUCUUUGUGGAAUGGUGACUGAUUUUACCAAACCCACUGUGUAAUGAUAAGUUUACCUAACUUUUUGUGUAAAAUGACGACAAGGUUCCCUAAUUUUUUGUGUAAUGAUGACUGGUUGUAGUUUAUCUUUGUAUAAUGUAAACUAAAUUGUUUUUACAAAAUCCUUUAUAAUGAUAACUGGUUUUAGAAACUUUGUGUAGUGAUAACUGGUUUAUCUGACUCUUUUUUUGUAAUAAUGGCUGGUUUUAGAAACUUUGCGCAGUAAUAACUGGUUUAUCUCAAUCUUUCUUUAUUGAUGACUGGUUUUACCAAAUUGUUUUUUUGGGUGAUGAGUGGCAAGAGAAAUCUUGAGUAAAUGAAUGUAUUAUUUUCUAACAUUAUCCAUACUGAACUUACGUCCGUAGCAGCUACCUAAGGGCUGUGUGGGAUAGUUCGAAUAAUUAAAUAAACCUGUUAUUACUUAGAUCUAUUGCUCUAAAACAAGGUAAUUCUAAUACUCUGGAUAGUUACUAAAAUUUAAAGGAAGUGGACGCUUCCAGAUGUUUUGAUGUGUAUUUGUGUGCGCACUUAGGGAAAAAAAUGUAAUUAUUUUUUUUCAUAUAUUAACAAACCAUUUAGCAAAAAUAUUGACUUCGUGUGUUAGCAGUUUGAAUUUUUAUGAUAAGCAAGAAGUCAUACAGUUACUGACGUCACCACAACCAGUUUCUUUGUUUACUUUUUUAUUGUUGAAUUGCACGUGUCAUUCACAUCCUGGUACUUUGCAAUAAUAAUCACAAAAACAAAAGUGUUAUUUUAAUUUUUCCAGAGAAAUAUAACUAAUUAUUCAGUCACAUAGAAAAUCCCCAAAAUUUUAGUGACAAUUACUUGAACAAUUUUAUAAGAAAUAUUUAAUACUGUAGUAAUGUACAUGUGGCAUGAUUUCAGCACAAAAGCUCGGAUGUAGAUUUGACAAAAAAAAUGUCUCUGAUGCAUUGAAAUAACGCUGUAGGAAAAACCCAGGACAGAAUUAAAAAGAGCGUUUGAAAGAGAGCGAUAAUUUUUUAAUUAGGCCUAACCUUCAAUGUUUUGUAUUAUUGGUAUUAGAUCUAAAAGGUUGGCAUUUUUGUUAAGUAGACUUUUCAUGCACAAGUUUGUUUGUUUUCUUUAAAAUGCAAGAAGACUGUUAUAUACAUAUUUACUGACAAAUAGGCAUGGUUUUGUUUUGAUUUUUGUCAGAGUGAAUAGAGCAAAUUCAUCGUGGUUACUAGUUGUUACAGACAUCGUUAGAUUUUAUUCGUUGAAACGUCUCGUUUAGUAUUGAAGGCUGUGGUUGAACAUGAAUCAUUGUUAAAAUCUUUAUAGUGUAUUAAAAAUAAUACUAACUUCGAUUCGAAAAUCUAGUAAUCGGCACUAUUUGAGUAUAUUUAAAUAUUCUGAAAUGAGGCUUAAAAUAUAUGGUUAUAUCAGCAUGGUAGUUUUAUACGAUGCAAGUGAAUCGACUUUCUUAAUCUCCAAAGGAGUGUUUAUUUUGAUUAGGGAUUUUCAUCGGUAAUAAAUAUGGUGACCAUAAUGUGGUUGAAAUACCAUUAUUAUAUACUCUGCUAAUUCUUGAAAAUCCCUAAGGGUCCGGAAAAGAAUGUAGUGUUAAAAGAUUUAAUAGGUCUAAUACUAAUAAUGUCUGAUGAUAAGUAUAAUUAAUUAUAAUCAUGCUACGCCAUUUUGGAAAAGACGUUCACAUAAUAACGAAUGAUUAAGGUUAAGUUUCUCUCAACUGUUAAAAUUUAGCAUCCUAGCAUCACUAUAAUGAAGUUUGGAACAACCCUAUGGGGUAAUUUGAUAACCAUCCAUUUAUACUUGUCCAGUGACAACAUAAACAUUCGAGGGUGAUUAAUAAGAUAAUUUCUGAAAUAAAAUAUACGAUAGGAAACCAAUAAAUUCAUUCUCAGCAGCCA